AAAGACAUGCAGGCAGGCAGGCAGGCGACAUCAACGACAGGGGACAUCAGCAGAUAGACAGGUUCUUGUUGGAGGCUCCAGGCAGCGGACAGCCGGCUGUUUGUGAUCCGAGCUGAGGAUGCGGGCGCAGGCGUGGGUCUCCUGGUUCCCCCGCUGCCUUUUACUCUUCAUCGCCGCUCACUCAUCAUCAUCAUCAGUGUCCGCAGUCAGAGAGCUGCGGCCGUGCGACGAGACAGACUACUACUUCCAGUACACCGAGUGUGACAGCACAGGGUCGAGAUGGAGAGUCGCCAUCCCUCUGAGUCCAGGCUCCUGCUCAGACCUUCCUGCUCCGACCAGAGGAACAGACUGCUCUUUCUCCUGUCCAGCUGGGAUGUAUUUAGAGAUGACCACGCAGCAGUGCACGCCGUGUGCGGCCGGCUCCUAUUCGCUGGGAAGCAGCCUCCGUUUUGACCAAUGGGACGCCAUCCCUGCAGGCUUCACCAGCAUGGCCAGCUUUUUAGAUUCUGGCCCAAAUGGAGAGGACAUUCAGGCCUGUAACAGCUCAUCGUGGACGCCGCAGGGUGUGUAUCUGGAAUCAAACCGAGACGAGUGCACCGUCUCUUUAGUUUACGCCGUCCACCUGGAGAAACAAGGCUCUGUCUCCUUCACCUACCAGUAUCCAGACAACAACAUCUUCUUUGAGUUCUAUGUCCAAAACGAGCAGUGUCAGGAGAUGGCUCAGACCGAUGACCAGAAGUGGAUUAAAGUCACCAACAAUGGAGAAUGGGAGACGCACACAGUGAAUCUGAAGUCGGGGAUGAACAUCCUGUACUGGAGAACGACCGGCAUCCUGGUGGGAGGGAAGAUGUUCAAACCUGUGCUGCUCAAGAACAUCCAGAUAGAGGGUGUUGCCUACACAUCCGAGUGUUUCCCGUGUCGGCCCGGCUGGUUCAGCUCAAGCCCCGGCUCCUCGUCCUGUCAGCCCUGUCCCAGCAACACCUUCUCCAUAAAGGACGCGUCCUCCUGUACGCCCUGCCCCGAACACCACUACUCACAGGAGGGAUGGGCGGAGUGUAAGACGAGGCCGCCGUGCUCAGAGGAGGAUUACUUUCAGAUCCACGCGGCCUGCGACAGCGAGGGGAAGACUCAGGUGUUGCAUCGUUGGGUGGAGCCGAAAAUCUGCGUGGAGAACGUCACGGGGGCGGUGGAGCUUCCUGCGACGGGACGGAGGGAGCCCUGCCCUCCCUGCAACCCCGGCUACUACAACAGUGACGACUCCACCUGUUUGCCCUGCCCACCGGGAAGCCACUCAGACGGCACCUACGUGUGCACUCAGUGCCCUGCAGGUACGGAGCCAGUGUUGGGUUACGAGUACAAAUGGUGGAACGUGCUGCCCUCCAACAUGAAGACUUCAUGUUUUAACGUGGGCAACGCCAACUGUGACGACAUGAACGGGUGGGAGGUGGCGGGGGACCACAUUCGCAGCGGAGUGGGCAGUUCAGACAACGACUAUCUCAUCCUCAGCCUGCACGUGCCCGGCUUCAAGGUCCCAGCCUCGCUCUCAGGGAUGACAGGCAGCGAGUUCGGCCAGAUAACCUUUGUGUUUGAGACGAUCUGCUCGGCCGACUGUGAGCUCUACUUCAUGACGGAUGUGAACAGGAAGAGCACCACAGUGGUGGAGUCCUGGGAGGGCAGUAAGGGGAAACAGUCGUACUCCCACAGCAUGACCAGGAACGCCUCUGUCACAUACACGUGGGCCUUUCAGAGGACUAACCACGCUCUGGAUGUGCGUCGUUAUGUGAGCGACAUGGUGAAGCUGUACUCCAUCACCGUCACAAACGUCCUGGACGGCGUGGCGUCAUCGUGCCGGGCCUGCGCUCUGAUUUCUCAGAACUCCCAGCAGGCCGGCUCCUCCUGCGUCCCCUGCCCUGCUGGUUUUUACAUCCACAGGGAAACCAACCGGUGUCAGGAGUGUCCGCCAAACACGCACCUGGCAGGACGCCACACCUACGGCCAGGACGCGUGUGUCGCCUGUGGACCGGGAAGUAUCAGCAACAAGGAACACUCUCGUUGCUAUAGCGACUGCUCCUUCUCACACACCGAGAACAACCGGACGCUGACCUUUGACCUUAGCCCCCUGCGUGACGUGGCCUCUGUGAUCAUCGGGCCGAGUUUCACCUCUAAAGGGACCAAAUACCUUCACCUCUUCAACAUCAGCCUGUGUGGCCAUGAGGGGAAUCGAGCUGCUGUCUGCACAGAUAACGUCACCGACGUGUCCAACAAGGACGAUCAGAGCGACUCGGCUCGAUUCGUCACCUCGGUUGACAGUUUCAUCUGUCAAUCAACAAUCAUCCCAGCGGAUGGGCGGGGCUUCAGGAUGGCCAUUUCCUCCCAGUCCAUCAGCCUUGCAGAAACGUUCAUUGGAGCGACAGUGGACACUGUGCUGGACGGUGUGAACGCCAAACCAGAUUUUUUCCCUGAAAGCUUAAAGGACGUUCCAGACAUCAACUUCUUCUACAGGUCAAAGCAGCCGACAGCCUCGUGUGAUCAGGGUCGCAGCUCAGUCAUCACUGUGCGCUGUAACCCCGAGAAGUCUGAACGAGGAGAAGUCUCUGUGCCCAGCCCCUGUCCUGCAGGAACAUGUGAUGGAUGCACAUUUCACUUCCUGUGGGAGAGCGCCAGCGCCUGUCCACGCUGCUCUGAGGAAGACUACCACAAGAUAGAGGGAGCGUGCAAGGGAGGCGCACAGGAAACUCUGUAUGUGUGGAAUGAGCCCAGGCUGUGCACCAAAGGCGUCGCCUUACCCGCCAGAAGCUCGUCUCCGUGUGAGGCCGUCGCUCUGUGGCUGAAGGUCGGGGUCUGCGGCGGAGCCUUGGUGGCCGUGCUGCUCAUCUCUCUCACCUGCUAUUUCUGGAAGAAAAACAAGAGGCUGGAAUACAAGUACUCUCGUCUGGUGAUGUCUGCCAACAGAGAGUGCGAGCUGCCGGCCGCAGACAGCUGUGCUCUGGCUGAGGGGGAGGAGCCUGAAGACGACGUGGUUUACAGCCAGAAACCCUCGCUGCUGGGGAAACUGCGGGCCGUCGCUAACAAGAUGUGUGUGACUGACAGCAAUGUGAUCCGAACUCAACAGCAGCGUUGAUUCUAACAAAAAAGGCUAACAUUAACGAACACUUUACAUUCAGUAUUAGGGAACGUAGAAGUUAAUGACCUGUCCUCUCAGACGUAAUGGCUGUCCAUAGCGAUCCUGACGAGCAGAACGUUUUUGAUCAGACACACGUGUCAGGAGACGACUACAGUGAAUGUCUGUGCCAAAUGUUUUCAAUAGUUGUUGAGAUUUUAAGUCAGAAAACUAAAUGAUGGACCAGGAAACACUUCUUCAGUCGUGACACAUCUGCC